UGGGGAUGGAGCCUGAAACCUGGGCAUGGCCCUGACUGGAAAUUGAACUGGGACCUCAGUCUAUGGGACGGUGCUCAAUUCACUGAGCCACACCAGGCUGCAGUUACUAUCUUCAUGUCUGUGUAGCCUACAGGUAGGCUGAAUAAUGGUCCCCCAAGAUGUUACAUGGAAAAGGGGAUUUUAUAGCUGGAUCUUGAAUUGGGAAGAUUAUCCUGCAUUAUCCAAAUGGUUCCAGUGUAAUCAUAGGAAAUCUUCUAAGAGGAUCACAGAGAUCAGAGGAGAAGGCGAUAUGAUGAUGGAAGUAGAAAUGGGAGAGCUGAGCUUUGAGGAUGGAAGAGUUCAAGGAUUGUAGCUCUCAAAGCUGAAAAGGGCAGGAGAACGGAUUCCUCCCCUUGUCUCCAGAAGGAACCAGCUCUCCAGACACCCUGACUUGAGCUCAGGGAAGCUGACUCAGACUUCUGACCUCCAGAACUGAAGUGCUCAAAUAUUUUACACACACACACACACACACACACACACAGAAAUAAGAGGAAACAGUUGGAUUGGAACUUAGAAAUCACGUGACUGAUGACUAAGUUGAAUCUUUUCUACUUACUGAAAGGGAAGAGCCUGGGGAUGAGUUACUACUUCUCCCUGCAUUUGUGAAGUUUCGGAGCUACUAAAUCAUGUUCCCACUUAUGUUAUUUUCCACCUUGUUUUCUUCCACAUUUACUGAACCCAGGGAGCAGCACUUGGUCUGCAACUCCUCCGAUGUCAGCAUUUCGUUUACCUAUUGCGGUAAUAUGAAAUAUCCUAUUUCAAUAAAAACUGAACCCUGUAUACAACCGAAGGGAAGCAAAGGAUAUUUGUAUAUUUCCUACAUUCCAAGGCGAGACAUGAAAAAAUUAUAUUUUAAUCUGUAUAUAACUUUAAAUACCCACAAUCUUCCGAUGCGCAAAGAAGUUCUUUGCCGAGGAUCUGAUGAUGAUUAUUCUUUUUGUAGAACUCUAAAGGGAGAGACUAUGGAUAUAAAAGUGUCAUUCUCCUUCAAGGGCAUGCUGAUCCCUAAGGGACAACACAGAUGUGUUGUGGAAGCUUUCACCGGGGAUCCUGAAAAAAUGCUCUUUUGUUUGAAUUUUACCAUCAUACACCACCCCAAUUUCAAUUAGAAUAAAUCUAGUAUAAUUUUAUUUUUCAAAGGUUUUAUUUUUCACUUAAUGUUUUUUGCACAGUGUAUUCGUUUGCUAGGGCUGCCAUAACAAAUAUCUCACAGUGGGUGGUCUAAACAAUAGAAAUUAAUUUUUUCCCAGUUCUGGAGGCCAGAAAUCCAAAAUUAGUGU